CCGUUCCCAGACGGGAGGCUCACGUGACCCCUCGUCAUCCCGCGUCUCGUGCCGUGUUUCCCCCCAACACCGUUGCUCAGCCUCCCUGAUGUCAGCUCACUCACAUUAGCUUAGCUUAGCUUAGCCUAGCAGCGGCUGCGUGUUUCCUCAUCAUCAGCACUAAAUAUGGUUUAAAAGCAGGAGAAGAUGAAUCUCCGGGGAUUCUUUCAGGAUUUUAAUCCGAGUAAAUUCCUGAUCUAUGCAUGUUUGCUGCUGUUCUCGGUGCUGCUGUCCUUACGCCUGGACAGAGAUAUCGAGUGGAGUUACUGGGUCGUGUUUGCUCCUAUCUGGCUCUGGAAGCUCAUGGUGAUCAUCGGGGCAUCGGUGGGCACCGGAGUAUGGGCUCACAACCCUCAGUACAGGGCUGAGGGCGAGACCUGUGUCGAGUUCAAGGCAAUGCUGAUUGCUGUGGGGAUCCAUCUCCUCCUCCUGACGUUCGAGGUUCUGGUGUGUGACCGUGUGGAGAGAGGAAAACACUUCUGGCUGCUGGUCUUCAUGCCGCUUUUCUUCGUCUCACCCGUCUCUGUAGCAGCGUGUGUGUGGGGCUUCAGGCACGACCGCUCGCUCGAGCUGGAGAUCCUGUGCUCUGUAAACAUUCUGCAGUUCAUCUUCAUCGCACUGCGGCUGGAUAAAAUCAUCAACUGGCCAUGGCUGGUGGUGUGUGUGCCGCUGUGGAUCCUCAUGUCCUUCUUGUGUCUGGUGGUGCUUUAUUACAUCGUUUGGUCUGUGCUUUUCCUGCGCUCGAUGGACGUGAUCGCAGAGCAGCGUCGCACUCACAUCACCAUGGCCAUCAGCUGGAUGGCGAUCGUAGUGCCCCUGCUGACGUUCGAGAUCCUCCUCGUACACAAGUUAGAUGGUCAUUACGAGUCCAAGUUCGUGCCGGUCUUUGUGCCCCUCUGGAUCUCCCUGGUGACACUGAUGGCAACUACAUUUGGCCAAAAAGGAGGCAAUCACUGGUGGUUUGGCAUCCGUAAGGACUUUUGUCAGUUUCUGCUGGAACUGUUUCCUUUCCUGCGGGAGUACGGCAACAUCUCCUACGACCUGCAGCACGAAGACUCCGAAGUGUCCGAAGAGCUUCCUGUCCAUGAGCCUCCUAAAAUCGCUCCCAUGUUCCGCAAGAAGACGGGCGUGGUCAUCACGCAGAGUCCUGGGAAGUACUUUGUGCCGCCACCUAAGUUAUGCAUCGACAUGCCAGAUUAAAAAACUCUCUGAAUUCCUUGAGAGGAGGCGGAGCACAGUGCCAUGGACCAGAGUUCACUUCAGGUCAGCGGGGAAACACUGGAAGUGAGAGAGACGCUUAGUCGGGAACAAAAAACUAAACAUUUUAGAUGAUCUCAGCUGAAAACUGCUGAAACGGGGGUUGAAUGAAGCGGUGUAGUGGGUGGGGCUUGUGUUUUGACUUUUCCCCCUGUAAUUUUCUUCACACUCUUGCGUUCCCAUCACUCCUCUAACACUCACCGUAGUCCUCCCUGUAAUCCAUCUACAAUGUGGAGAAAGUUCUGUAGCUAAGCCAAAGAACACUAUAUGGUUCAGAAAGCUGGUGUAACGUCAAACGCUGCCGUUUUUCCAGCAAUACAUGUUACAUGUGUUUUUGUAUCUUUAUGUAUGGCAGCAGUGAACAUUGUCAUUCUUUUGCCAUGACUUUGUGUGUAGCUGAUCAGUCAGUGUUUACUAGAGCACAUGGAGACUCACUGACUCACCAACACACAGCUCAUGUUUAUGGACCAGGUAGGAGUAUUUAUAUCUAUCACAUUGUGAUGUGUAUUUAAUAUGUACGGUGCCGUGUUAUUCUCGCCUGUUGACUCUUUUCCUCUUUUAUUACAGAACAAUAAUCUGAUUAUGAAGCAACUCUAUAGAA